CGGCGCUGCUCACCGCCGUUGUGUGGGCGGUGCCCGCGCAUGCGCCUCUCGCCAUCCGGCUGCCGUGUGGGGCCGCGUCCGGAUGCUGGAGUACAAGGAUGAGACAGUUAUGUCCCUUUAGUACCAGAAUGACAAGCUCAAGACUGGGUGUUGCGGUGUCUGAUAACAACAUGAACAUUUAAUUCAAGUCUGCAACUUAAGAACAAAACUGCAGAUCUAGCCUUAUCCUUUGCUGUCACUUCUGUGUUACUGAAGCCAACACUGGCUUGCUCUUGCCUCUGGUUACCUUGUCUGAAGAAAUCAAUCAUGGCUGACGACUCUCAGAGAAACUUUCGCUCGGUGUAUUAUGAAAAAGUGGGAUUUCGUGGAGUUGAAGAGAAGAAGUCACUGGAAAUUUUGUUAAAAGAUGACCGGUUGGGCAAGUCAAUUUCACUCUUUCCUCUAUUCGUUUGGUGAUUUAGCAUCAGAUAUUGAGAAGCUUUGCACGUUUAGUCAAAGGUUCCCUCUCCCAUCCAUGUAUCGUAUACUGGUGUGGAAGGUUCUUUUAGGAAUUAUUCCUCCUCACCAUAAAUCUCAUGCCUCGGUGAUGAACUACCGGAAGGAGCAGUACAGGGAUGUACACCAUGCUCUUCGUGUAAUUCGUUUUAUCAAUGAUUCUACCCCACAGGAAGAUGUUUUCCUCCGCAUACAUCAACUGGAAUCAGGAAAAUUGCCUCGAAACUUGGCGUUUCCUUUGGAGCCAGAAGAUGAAGUGUUUCUUGCUAUUGCUAAAGCAAUGGAGGAAAUGGUGGAGGAUCCUAUAGAAUGCUAUUGGCUUGUCAGUAGCUUUGUUAAUCAGCUGAACAGCAAGCACAAAGAUGCAUUGCAACAACUGCCAAAAAUUCUGGAGCAGUAUUUGAACAUUGAAGAUAACAGACUCCUGAUGCAUCUAAAAGCAUGUGCUGCAAUGAGCAAACUCCCUUAUGAUCUUUGGUUCAAAAAGUGUUUUGCAGGCUGUUUACCUGAGUCCAGUUUACAGAGAGUUUGGGACAAAAUUAUUAGUGGGUCCUGCAAAAUUCUUGUUUUUGUUGCUUUGGAGAUAUUAUUAACCUUUAAAAUGAAAAUAAUAGCACUGACUGCAGCAGAAAAGAUCACCCAAUUUUUGGAAAAUAUUCCUCAAGAUAACACUGAUGCUAUUGUCAGCAAAGCAGUGGAUCUGUGGCGCACACAGUGUGGGACUCCAGCACACUCAGUCUGAGAACUUUCUUUGUUUAUGGAAGUUUGGGGAAAAAGAAAAGACACUUGAAAAGUUUCCUUUUACUGUGAUUCCCCUGUCGUGGUGUAAUGCUCUUAAUUUCUUCUUCUAUGUAAAGAUGCUAUUAAAGCAGUUUAUGGCAUAAUGA